AUGGCAAAAAACAAGAGCUUGAGCCGGAAAAAGGCACAAAUAAAGGCGCUAGAAUCUACGGUUGAAUGCUUAACAACUUUCGCAAAGACAAAGGCAAUCAUUUUCAUAAAAGCACAUGAACUUUCGAUUACGACGGGUGCUGAAGUUGGUCUUCUUCUCUUCUGCCCAAGUGAAAAAACAUAUACAUAUGGAUCUCCUCGUAACUUUGAUGCAAUUGCAGAUAAGUUUCUAAACUUGAAACUAAAUGAUGGCAAAAAUAAUUAUUCUGAUAUAGUUGAAUCUAAUUGCAAUAAGGAAUUUGAACGGUUGAUUGUUCAGAAGGCAAAACUGGAGAAACUUUUGGAUAUAAUUCAAGAAAUUCUGAAUCUUAGUACAUCGCCCAAUUUUGUUGCUCUUCGUCCAUCUUCAUCUGAAGAAAGUUGCGUAAUGAAUGAUUUGAAUGUUGUUGCUAACGCUGACGGUGGGAUACUUCUGCAGCUAAUUAAUUGGAGGCCAUUAUCAGUUGUCACCAGGGAAGAGUUUAUCCAGUUUUUUUGA